UUUUACGUUGUAAAACUGUCACAACAAAAACAACACAUUUGCUAACAGUAACCUUUAUUAAGAAUGAUUUGAACAAAAUGGACAAAGAUGAUAGUGGAAUCGACAGUGACAAUAAACCAUGUUCAAAUGAGUCUUGUCCUACGAAUCAGAUGUCUCCUGACAAUAGCCCUAUCAUUAACAAAGAAUCUGGGUCUUUAAAAAAGAAACCUGUGAUAGGUACCAGUGAACUUCAAAAGAAGAUAGAAAAACAGCGAGACAAAAAUAGAAGAAAAGACUUUAUAGAUGAACAACCAAAGAAAUCAUUUCUUCUUCCAAGGGACAGGCUGAAUAUUCCAGUGAAAUCCUCAAGUGCCAGUGCCAGAUCUGAGCAAGAGCUUCCCUUAGUUCUAUUGUCUGAUGACAGCGAGGAAGAUGAGUUUGCGGUGGGUGCCCCAAUGUCCCGUGAGGCUCAAAGGGAGAUCACUCAACAGCUGAUUAAGGAUGGCUACAACCUUGACCUUGAGCCGGACGAUGAAGACUUGGACCUGAUACCUCCCCGCCCCCUCCAUGAGCGCUGGGCAUGCUGCCCUGGCGCCACCUGGACAAAACCGCAAUGUGCGCUCAUGUGAUAUAGUCACCAUUUUUCCACAUUACUUGCUCCUAUUUUUAUUUUGCAAUGUGUUCUUAGUAGAUUGGGUCAAGAUUCCUCCUCAUAACUUCCUCCUUAUCUAUCUUAGCGUCUAUCUUACAAUGUGUGCUCAUGUGCAAGUGAUUGAAAUAAGGGUUUUUAUUACGCAGGCCUGAAUUUUUAUUUCAUUACAUAAUACCAAGGCCAAGCCUGCCUAAAUGAAACUGAAAAUUGGAAAACCACUGAAGUGUAAUGGUAGCCAUUCUCCCUGUAGGUACCUUUAGCUUUAAGAUUUACUAUUUGUAAAGUAGAUAUGCACCAAAGUACAUGAGCUCUUUGUUUCUUAUUGUCAUUCUCAUAAAAAUGCACAUGAUAUUCAAAAUGCUUUGACCAGUUUAACUUACCUGAAAUAUUUAUGUUAUUGUUCUUUUUAUGAUCCUGGUUACAUUGAUUGAUUUUACCAAUUACUAACAGUUAUACUGCCUUUACUUGCAUUAUUGGAAAUACUGGUACAUAAUUAUUCUUUUUUUUUUUAGUGUAUAACUGCUUUCCAUGAUUAUUAUGUAUGUUAAAAUGCGUUUAGUAAGGAUAACAGUGAAAUGUUUGCCGUAAUAUCAUUUUGCAUAUAAACAUUUAAACUUUUGUUGAAAUGAUUGAAACAGUGUUUGUUUCCUCAUCUGUGCUAACAAAAAUAUGUUCACGCUUUAUGUUGAUUUAUGGAAAAUGCAAUAUUCAAGUUAAAGCAAACAUGGGUUAUUCAGUAUAUUGUUAAAAAAAUUGUAGAGUAGUUACAUGUUGCAAUCUUAAUUCAGAGGUGUUAUGAGAAUCCACUGGCAUUGCCAUAUUUUUGUUCUUGCUCAUUUUUUAUUUGUGUUCUGAUAUAAUAUUUUUUACCGCUGUUUGACAAGCCAAAAAUACAUUCCAAAAGUCAAGUGGCUUUCUUUCGCAAUAUUUUUUAGGAAAUUACUGCUUUGUAAAAUUUGUAUUCUUUUGCAGUUUUUAUUUUGCUUAAAAUGUCAUUUUACCAUGUUAAUACAUUGUGCACCCACAAAGUGGGAAUCAUAAAGCAUUUCAUUUGUUAGUAUCUUAGUUUGAACAUUCCAAAACUUUGUUGAUUUGACACUUCGAUCUUUCAAAGAUUCUGGCCAACAUUAUAUUUAAUGUUUUGACAAAUCAUGGAUUUGAGUUUCUUUUGAGAAUAUAAUGUACACGUAUUUGUAGCGGAAAAUAUAACAGCUACUUGCCCCUUGUCAGAUUUGCAAAUGUCACUUGGUAUUUUUCUGUUCGGAAAGCAUGCAUGUAGAAGCUCGCCUGACCAAAAGUGGUCAUGGCAAGUGUUUGCGGUCAGAUGUCUGGCGUUAUGUGAUCAUCCCAUGACAUAAAAUCAAAUUAGUUAUGCCACAUGAUAAAACUUGGAGGGAGAAUGUUACUCUUGACAAUAUCUAGGCAGAGUUUGUAACUGGGUCAAAUGCAACCAAAAACUAGGUUAUCAGGUGACCUGAUGUGUUCAUGGUGAGCUUUUGUGAUCGCUGUUUGUCCCUCUAAAAGUCAUAUUUGUAGUUCAAUCUUUAAGAAUCUUGGUCAGAACAUUUGCUCUAAUGAUAUCUUGGGCUGCAAAGAGAACAGGGCCUUUUAUGCCCCCUUGUUUGUAUAUUUCUUGCACAAAAUUGUUUGUUAUUAAACAUUAAUUCAUUUGGCAGGGCAAAGCACUACCCCAACUCCAUAGACAAAUUAGCCAAUCUUAUUAAGAUUUUCAAAAUUCUAUCCGCAUGAUCAAAGAAGGCAACAAAGGUAGUUUCGACAAAUGCUAAAAAAACUUUGAAUAUUGUCAUCAUUUGUAUUGAACAAAGAGGAAAAUGUGUCCUAUCAGGUUUGUUAUAACAUUCUUUUGCCAGAAAAGUUAAGUUUGCAUUUUUUGUGAUUUCUUGUUAUGGGUCAAAUCUUGUUACCACUCUAGUUGUUUAAUAAUUCUAGAGUUAACAUGUUAUUGUGCAUAACUGAUAAAAGGUUAAGUGUAAUGAAUCAUUUUGAAAAUGUUUAACGUUAUUGUUAUAUGAAUUCCAUAAUUUUGUUUUUAAAUUGUUACAUUCCUGUGCUGUUAGAAUUCCAAUAUGCUUGUCUUUUUGUGCUCAGUAGUAAUUAGAUCUUGACUUCGAUCAUAAACAACACUAGUUUGUUUGUUAGCUCUCCUGAGUACCCAAAGUGAGUUAUUGUGAUCACCCUAUGUCCAUUUUUAACCUUGUUUCCACUCGUGAUUCCACAUUUUUUCUUCAGUCUUCACAUUUAGGCAAAAUUCAAAUCUAGUCAUGAGUGCCCGAAAACGUGGUCACCAGGUAAUCUUAGAAAGACCUUGCUAGUGUCAGUUGUUUUAGCUAGUUACCGCUCUAGAGGCCACAUUUUACAUCCAAUCUGGAUGAAACUUGAUCAGCUUGUUUAUCAAUGUAUGGAAAAGAUUAAGUCAAUUUUUGAAUCUGUGUCAUGUGCACCCAAAUGUAGGUCUCCAGUUCAAAUUAUUGAAAAACCUUGUAACGACCCUAAAAGCAACCAUUAUGACUCAAUCUUGAUGAAACUUGGUCAGCAUCUAUAUCUUGACAAUAUCUUGGCCAAGUUUGUAUAUAGGCCAUGUGUGUCCUUAAACCAGGUCAUCACUUGAAAUCUUAGAAAAUUGUCUCCUCUCUAAAAGCCAAAUUUAUUACUCAGACUUGAUGAAAAAUGGUCAGAAUGUUUAUCUUGACAAUAUCAAGGUCAUGUUUGAAUUUGGGGCAAUUGGGAAGAAAACAUGAGUCACCAAAUCAAGUCUUCAACAAUUGUUGUACCUUGCACUCUAGUAAGCACUCAGGGCCAUUAUUAAGUCCUACCCAAAAGUGAUAUUUAUUGUCAGGCAAAAGGUGUUAUGAUUCUUGCAGACAUUGCAAACUCUGACAGAUCAUUUCCAGGGCAAAUAUCUUUAAGGCAUGUCUUUCUUUUUUGCUCAUACUUUGACCAACGCUUUUUGUUUUGAUCUUUUUAUCUUGUUUUGAUAUCUUUUUUUAAACCCUGAUCUGUUUUACCUGUACACGGACUUAAAUUAAAACGUAUUGAAGUGCGAAUAGAUAUAAACACAAAAUCCCGAUAUUUAUAUGUUGCUUUCUUAUUUAUAGAUCAUAAUGCCCUAACUGUCACCACUAUUUUCUUGCUGAAUAAAGCUUUCCAGUAGGUCCCAAAGAUUGACAUGGUAGAUCAAUAAUAAUUUUAAAAGUUUGUCAAGUUAUACAACUAAAGGAUACUUGUUUGCUAUUGAAGUCAAACUGUCAUACUAAAUGUAUACAUUCAUGGUUUAUCCUACAAAUUAAUUGCGAUUAUCACCCUUCUAUACGGCUUAGGAUAUGAUAUACUUACGUCAUAAGGAAACUUCAACACUGUAAUAAUUCAGUAAAAUCCGGCUCUCUAUUUUCCUGUUUUAAUUAGCUAAUGGAAAUUAGUUCUUAGUUUAUUACUGCACACAAGAUUCUAAAAAAAAAUUACCAUUUACGGAUUUUCCAAAUUACAUUCGGAGAUGUCCUCGGACGUACCGCAUGGUAGAAAGCCUGAUCAUGGCCUUCUUGUAAUUUUAUUGCAUUUCUUUUUUUCUCAUUUAUCAGCUGUCUGUUUCAACUGUUUUCUUACACAUAUGAAGUCUUUCACUUAAUAUAUAGCUUUAUACUUAUUUUAUGUUGUCAUAUUUGUUUCUUUAUAUAUAUUUUAUUAAAAUUGUUAUCAGAUUUUCCUUAUUUUGGUUUGGGAAUUUGAUCAUACCUUUUAUUAUUAUACUACUAUGUUUGUUCUUAUGUCCUUAUUUAGCAUUUGCAUAUAUUUAGUUUGUUAAUUAAAUGAAUAUCAGAUUCUGUCAUUUCAUACAUUGAAAGGGACCUAUUUCCAACAUUUGCAUAAUAAAAUUGAAAAAUACAACAGAAAGCAUUACACACAUUUUAAAACUGUGUUGCCAGUUCAUUAAAGUUAAAUCAUUAACAUCACAAUAUUAAAAUAUGUGAUUAAAUGUAAGGAAAGUGUUCACUUGCCAACCAUUGAAUUGGUCUGUUAAAAAAGUCAUCCUUAUUAUUUUUGUGUUCAGUUUUCCAUGACCACAUUGGAUCACCAGGCGUUAUGUAUGUUCCUUAAGUGUCAUCCCAGAUUAGCCUGUGCAGACAGUGACGACACUUUUUGAAUAUGGAAAUUUCCAUUUAAAGGAAGUCUCUUGUUAACAAAAAUUCUCUUUUGGGGGGAAAGUAAUGUCCAUGAUUAGGCUGUGGACAGACAAAUGCUAAUCUGGGACAACACUUAACACCCAUGUUGUGGAGAGACAAAUGCUAAUCUGGUACAACACUUAACACCCAUGUUGUGGAGAGACAAAUGCUAAUCUGGUACAACACUUAACACCCAUGUUGUGGAGAGACAAAUGCUAAUCUGGUACAACACUUAACACCCAUGUUGUGGAGAGACAAAUGCUAAUCUGGGACAACACUUAACACCCAUGUUGUGGAGAGACAAAUGCUAAUCUGGUACAACACUUAACACCCAUGUUGUGGAGAGACAAAUGCUAAUCUGGUACAACACUUAACACCCAUGUUGUGGAGAGACAAAUGCUAAUCUGGGACAACACUUAACACCCAUGUUGUGGAGAGACAAAUGCUAAUCUGGGACAACACUUAACACCCAUGUUUUAAGCCGGGUUUCCUCGGACAAUGGCUCACAUACUAUUUUUGUUGUUCCCGAACUAUACAACUCAGUUGUACUACUCAAUAAUAAUCUACAAAGUGCAAUAUUAAGAUUUUGCAAGUGUGAUAGGUUCAAAUUCAGUAAAAAAGGAUAAUACUUGUUUACCAUAAAAAUUGUAUUAAGGGAUCAUAGUACAAAGUUCUGUUGUUCUGCAAGUUGUGUAAUUUUCCACCAAUCUUGUUCACAAGUAUAUCAUCUUACAAUAAAUGAUUCAACAAUUAUACAUUAUUUCUCCAUGUUCUGUAUCUAUUAUAAAAAAGAGAUGUCACUUAAAAAAUUAUAUUAAGUUUGGCUUACUUAACUACACCAUGUAUUUAAUAAUCUCACAAACUUACCAAACAACUUUGUAUUUUUCCCUUCAAAGCCAACAGCAUAUCACCUUGGUGCAAAAAGUUACCAUGUGACAUUGGAAUUAAAUGGCACAUGCACCAAUGGUGCUUAUUAUGUGCUUAGAAGACUGAUAUUCUAAUCUGACUUCUAAUGGUUGAUGUGUUGGCAUGUAUUUUGUGUUCUACACAUUAGUUAAAAGUAUAAACUAAUAUAUUGUCUAUAGACGGUGUCUUCAUAGUUCUUUGUAGUACAUGUACAUAUAUUCAGGACUGAACUGAUAUUAAAGGACAGCUUUGAAAAGCAAA